AUAUAUACAGUCGAAGGACUAGAGGUUUUGAUCACCAAAUUAAAUAAAUUAUUAAGAAGAUGGUCCUUGUUAGCACUACCUCUGCCAUCCAACCAGCUGCACAUUACGACCGGAAGGCCGAGCUUAAGGCAUUUGACGAAAGAAAAACCGGCAUCAAAGGACUUGUUGAUGAUGGGAUCACGGAGGUCCCUCGAAUAUUUAUCCUACCCAAUUCAUCUGAUCAAACCCUUAAACCCAACCAACCUUCUUCUUAUUCUUCCGAACUAUGUCUUCCAACCAUCGACCUGGAAGGAAUCAAUGAAGAUCCAAUCCGAAGAUUGAAGGUGGUGCAGAAAGUGAAGGGCGCGUUUGAGAGGUGGGGAUGCUUUCAGAUAGUGAAUCAUGGAAUUCCAACAAGCGUUUUGGAGGAGAUGAUGGAAGGGGUGCGACGCUUCCAUGAGGACGAUGUAGAGGUGAGGAAGGAGUGGUACAAAAGAAAUGGUGGUGGAAAGCGUCGGGUGGUGUACAACACCAAUUUCGACUUGUUUACUGCACCAGUGGCCAACUGGAGAGACACUUUCUACGUUACAAUGGCACCGAAUCCUCCUCAUCCAGAUGAGUUGCCAUUGUCUUGCAGGGAUAUUUUGAUGGAGUAUUCGAGCCAAAUGAUGAAACUUGGAAGUUGUGUGUUCGAGUUGACAUCAGAGGCUCUUGGGCUAGACCGGGAUCACCUCUCGAAUAUGGGGCUUACAGAAGGUGUAGCGGUUCUUGGCCAUUACUAUCCUUCAUGUCCACAGCCCGAGUUAGCAAUAGGCACAUCCACCCACUCGGAUAGUGGUUUCAUCACCAUUCUUCUGCAAGAUCAUAUCGGUGGACUCCAAGCCCUUCAUGAGAAUCAAUGGACAGAUGUUCCGUACAUCCCUGGAGCUCUUAUAGUUCACGCAGGAGAUCUUCUCCAACUGAUUACGAACGACAAAUUUUUGAGUGUUGAACAUAGAGUACUUGCAAAAAAGGCCGGUCCAAGGAUUUCGGUGGCAUCUAACUUAUCAACAGGCCUGGUUGACACGGGGAAGGUUUACGAACCGAUUAAAGAAUUGCUUUCAGAAAACAAUCCAGCCAAGUACAGAGGCACGACGGUGAUCGAUUAUGUUAAUUACUAUAGGAGAAAGGGACUUGAUGGCAUUUCUUCUCUUUUGCAUUUUAAGAUAUAGUGCGUUAAGCUGGAUCUCAUUUGCGAUACUAUUGUACGAGUACUUGAUAUAUAUAAUGCAAAAUGGUGGUUAUAAAUUA